AUGGGUAAACCAGCAUGGAUUUAUGCAGAUUCUACGGUCAGACAUCGAAGUGGUACAGAAGCGAUGCUACAAAAUGAAGAUUUAAAAGUUUUGGAAAGUGAUCGACGUCUGUGGGGUACUUGGAAUUAUGUUGCACUUUGGUUGUCAGAUGCGAUAAAUAUCGGUACAUGGAUGGUGAUAAGUUCUAUCAUUACAGCUGGCGAUGGUUUGUCCUGGUGGGAAGCAUGGAUAUGUGUGUGGAUUGGUUUUACAAUUAUUGCCAUAUUUAUUUGUAUUUCAGCCAGAACUGGUGCUGUCUAUUACAUUUCAUUUCCAGUUAUUGGACGAGCAUCAUUUGGUAUUUUUGGUAGUCUAUGGCCUAUUCUCAAUCGAGGUAUAAUGUCAUGUAUAUGGUAUGGAGUACAAGCGUGGAUAGGUGGACAAUGUGUCGUCAUUUGUAUUCGUUCAAUCAUACCAUCGUAUUACUAUCUAGGAAAUACACUUCCAACAUCAUUUGGUACUAAUACACGUGAUUUUAUUGGAUUUAUGAUUUUUUGGUCAUUAUCUAAUAUUGCUAUAUGGUUUCCAGUGUAUAAGAUGCGUCAUUUAUUUACAGUAAAAGCAAUUGUUGUUCCUAUUGCCGGUAUAUUCUUCUUUAUAUGGGUUGUUGUGAAAGCAAAAGGCAUCGGUGCUGUUCUUCAUCAAUCAACAAUUUUACCAACAACGACAAACAGUGCUCGUGUAUGGUCAUGGAUUAUAGCAAUAAUGAGUUGUAUUGCUAGUUGUGUUACAAUAAUUGUCAAUAUUUCAGAUUAUACUAGAUUUGCUAUUCGUCCAUCAAUUAUAUUCUGGCCACAAAUGAUUACGAUUCCUUUUGGCUUUGGUAUUACCAGUUUUAUUGGUCUUAUCGUUGGAUUAUCAUCAAAAGUUAUCUAUGGUAAAGAAAUAUGGAAUCCAUUGGAUUUACUAAAUACAUUUCUCGAUAAUAUGCCAUCGAUAACUACCCGUAUCGGUGUCUUUCUUAUUUCGCUUUCAUUCUGUCUUGCACAAUUAGGUGUAAAUAUUGCUGGUAACAGUAUUUCUGCUGGAUGUGAUCUAACAGCUCUUUUUCCAAAAUAUUUAAAUAUUAGACGAUCCGGUUAUAUAUGUUCUAUAGUUGGUCUUUGUAUUUGUCCAUGGUAUUUACUUUCAAAUUCAUCAUCGUUUCUUUCCUAUUUAUCAUCUUACUCGACAUUCGUUAGUGCAAUUAUCGGUGUAAUGUUCUCUGAUUACUAUUUGGUUCGACGCGAAUAUCUAGAUACAAACGAACUUUAUUCAGCUUCUAAAGAAGGACUAUACUACUAUAGCUAUGGUAUUAAUUGGCGAGCAUAUGUUGCUUACAUUGCUGGAAUAUUAAUUAAUAGUGUUGGUUUUGCUGGUGCAAUUGGUGCUUCUAUUCCAUCAGCUAUAACGAAAAUGUAUCAAUUUAACUUUUUCUUAGGUCUUAUUGUUAGUGGUGGUCUCUACUACAUACUCCACAUAUUAUCGCCUAUGGCUGUUUCUACGUUACCACCCUUCACUAUUCGUAGUUAUCAACCAUCGGAUGUAAGUGCUUGUCAGCAAUUAAUGUUAGAUGUCGGACACCCCGGUCAACAUUAUAAUCAUGCCAUACAUACGGACAUGGCCGAUAUUGAGAAGAAUUAUCUUCAAAUUCCUAAUGCUCACUGGUGGGUAGCUGUAUCAAAUGAUGAUGGUCGUAUUCUUGGUCAAGUAGCUGUGCAGCCUCUAUCUGUUAGUGAUCCGAUUUACUAUCGAGAUAUGGCUGUCGAUGAACGAGAUUACAUUUGUGAACUACGUCGGAUGGCCACUGUUCCAGAUGCACAAAGACUCGGCAUAGGAUCUCGUUUACUCUCAGUUGCGCUCGAUUUUGCUCGACAACAUGGUUAUCAUGAAAUGCGUUUAGCUACAUCAUUUCAUAUGCAUAAGGCAUGUUCAUUUUAUGAAAAAAAUGGUUUCAUACGAGGUCGAGUCGCACGAUAUCCUUUAGUAGAGGUAGAACGUGCUCUUCAAUCGCAAGAAAGAUUCAUCGAUGAACAUAAAGCAACGGCUGUAUUCCAAGCCGGGUCGGUCGUGCCGGAUGAAGAUCAACAACGAUUGGAUUCACCAAUGAAUAAAUCUGAAUUUUUUUAUCGUCAACAUUUUCAUCGUAAACUUACAUAA